UUUCCUCUGAAAUUGAAAGUCAGAACUGAAGCGACAAGAUACGGAAAGAAGAAACACGAAAGUAUCCUCAGGUACAAAAACACACGAUUUUUACGUUUAUUUUUUUCUCGUAAAACGUUUAAUUGUAACAAUUUAUUUUAGUUCAUUGACACCGAGGAGUGUUUUGACAUCGAGACGUUUGGUGUAAGCCUUGUUUUGAACAGCUCUCACAGGACCGCUGGCACCUGAACAUCACAGGUCUGUGGUUUGGACAGAGAUGGACAGACUAACACUGUCCCGUAUAGAUGAUGAGCUGAACUCUGAAGAAGUGGCAGAGCUUUGCUUCUUGUGCACUGAUUUUAUCCCCAGAAAGCGCUUAGAAGGGAUCAGUUCGGCAAAAGAUCUUUUCAUAAAGCUUCAGGAUGCAAGUUUGCUGGAAAGCGCUUACCUCAUUCAGCUGUUCAAAACUAUCCAUCGAGAAGAUCUCGUGAAUAGGCUGCAGAGAAACAGCAGACAACUCGAGGAAGCUGACGCCAUUCCCGCUUUGUCUAGUUACAGAGUAAUGCUGUACAGAAUACAUGAUGACAUGACGAAGGAGAACCUUGACAAACUGAAAUUUCUGCUAAACGACAAGUUGAACAGAAGACCACUGGAGAAGAGCAAAACUGUUCUGGAUGUAUUUCUUGAGAUGGAGAAGACACAAAUAAUGUCAAAAGACAACGUCUCUGAGCUUCACAGACUGCUCUUGGAGUUUGAUAAACAGCUGGCAACAGUUGUCGAGAAGUAUAUGCAAGAACACCGUGGAGCAUUAUCUGAAAUCAGCAACUAUCAAGAGAGGCCCAGCGUCACUUCGCUUGCAUUGCUCCCUCUGCCUCAACCUGAGAGUGGGCUCCCAUCGAAUGAGAAUUUAUUCAGUAGACUUAUUUCUGAUGCAGCACCAUGUGAAGACACACCAACUUCUCCUGAUGAGGAGGAUGAGUACUACAGUUUUACUCAUAAUCCUCGCGGUUUGUGCGUAAUUUUUAACAAUGAGGACUUCCCUGGGACAGUUCUCACAAAACGAAGUGGAACUCAGGAAGACGAAAAGUCUCUCAACCACCUGUUCCAUCGUUUUGGCUUUGAGGUUGUGGUACACAACGAUCUCAAGGCAAAUGCCAUACAAUCUGAAAUAAGAAAGCUGGGACAAAGAGAUUUCUCACUUGAUGAUGCUUUGGUGGUCUGUGUUCUUUCCCACGGGGACAAUGGAUGUGUUUAUGGAACUGAUGAGCAGAAAGUUGAACUGCGAGCUCUGACCAAACCCUUCACCAGUGACCAAGCCCGUAGCUUGGCAGGAAAGCCUAAACUUUUCUUUAUCCAAGCAUGUCAAGGUAAACAGGACCAAAGUGGUUCUGUCCCAAUGGGGAUGGAGACUGGGGAAACACAUUUUGAAUCCGAUGCAGCGACUGUCCCCAGCAACUCUAUCCCCUCUGAUGCUGAUUUCUUGCUGGGCAUGGCAACAGUGCCAGAGUGCAAAUCAUUUAGACACACCAAAACAGGCUCCAUCUACAUCCAGGAGCUGUGCAGGCAGCUGGAACGAGCCGCAGAGAGCUCUCAGAGGGAGGAUAUUCUCAGUGUCCUGCUCCGUGUGAACAGAGAAGUUAGCAAAGGAGUGUAUUUAAACAAAAAGCAAAUGCCUGAGCCCAAAUAUACUCUCACCAAGAAGGUUGUUCUUAAAUAUGUAUCAACUGACCACUGAAAAGCUUUGUAUGUGUGAGAUGAUUAAAUGGAGGGGAGUCUGAAACUUGUCA